CGGCGGUGCUGCUGGCAGCAUGAGACGGACCCACUUCACUCCCAGCCGCUCUUAGAUCCCUCUCGGAUCAUCAAAGAGCCGGACGGGAGGAACGCUGGUCUGGAGCGGCCCUGGCGGCGGUGGCGGGCUGAGCUGCCUGAAGAUGCUGCUCCUCAGGUGGUUUGUUCUGCUGGGACUCAGCUGCACGUGUCACGCUGUGUCAGGUGACCCGUGGGGGCAGUGUCCGGCCAACCGGAAGUGUAAGGACAAGUUUGGAGACGGGUCAUGUGACCGAGAGUGCAUGGAGCCCGAGUGUCUGCGGGACGGCUUCGACUGCCUGAAGGACAGGGGUCACUGCAAUCCGGGCCACACUGAGUACUGCCGCGCUUACUACGCCAGCGACCGCUGCGACCAGGGCUGCAACAACGCCGCCUGUGGCUGGGACGGCAGCGACUGCAUCAAGCACCAGAGCCCCGCGUGGGCCGCCGGCACGCUGCUCCUCCACGCCAGCAUCCCCAAGCAGAACGACUCCCUUCCCAUCAGCCCCCUGCUGUGGGCCCUCAGCGUCCUCCUGCAGUCACCCCUGAAGCUUCGGGGAUCCGUUCCCUUGGACACAUCCAAAAACCUGUUUGAGUUUGACUCUCAGGAGCUCUCUGAUCUGCUCACGCACGCCACGCCGACGGACUCCAACGGGUUCCUCCUUUUCCUCCAGGUGGACAACAGACCGUGCUCCCGCUCCCCUUCUACCUGUUUCCCGUACGCCACCGAGGCCGCCAGUUUCCUGCGAGCCGUGAUGACGCUGAAGCCCCAAACCUUCCCCACCCUCCCGGAAAUGAAGGCCAUCAUCAGUGUUAGAGGAAUCCGGGAGGAAAUAGGAAGCAGAGACGAGGAAGUCAAAGUUAAAGAACCAAAUCCCUCGUGGUUGUGGGCCGUGGUCGCCUUGGCGCUCGCUCUGCUGCUGUUGCUCCCCCUGGUGGUGUUUCUGGUGAUGAGGAGGCUGAGGCAAAAGCAGGCAGAGAGAGUUGGCGGCAUCAGAGUGAGGCGCCGGUCCAAAAGCACCAACGAGGAGGAGGGAAAAGCCAAGACCUGGAUACAGCACGCAACACACCAAGACCCGCGGGUCAGAACCAGCAGGGACAGAGAGAAGAUCAGUCUGAAGAAGAAGAAGAAGGCCAAGGAGGCGGAGAAGAAGAGGAGGCGGGAACCGCUGGGGGAGGACGCCAUUCGAAUGAAGUCUCUGAAGAGGACCCAGGAUCCAGGAAGUGACACCGACUUCACCCAGAGUUCAAUGGAAGACAUCAACAUGAGGUCCUCCAGGCGACUGGAGGACCCGUCCAUCUGUGACCACCGGUCUCCAGAGCAGAGACACUUUGUGUCUGGAGCUUCUCAGAGCCACCGACCGAUGCAGUCUCCACCCAGAGGAUGGGACCGGAACGCCAUGCCCCCGCCUCUGCUCAGCCCCCCUCAGCAGUCAGCAGAGUGGUGCGGGCCGGACGGGUCCGUGGUUCUGAUCAGAGCUGUGCGCAGCGGGCUGGACAGAGUGGUCCUGGAGCUGCUGCAGGCCGGAGUCCCGGUCAACAACACGGAUCACACCGGGAGAUCCGCCCUGCACUGGGCAUGCUCAGUCAACCACCUGUCUCUGGCACGGACCCUCAUUCGCUAUGGAGCCGCUGUCGACCUUCAGGACAACAAGGGGGAGACGGCCCUCUUCCUCUCCGCCCUCCACGGCUGCUACGACACCUCCAGGCUUCUCCUUCUUCACGGUGCCAACCCGGAGCUGCAUGACCGCAGAGGGCGCCGUCCCAUCGACGUGGCCAGAGAGGCCAUGCAGCACCAGGUCCUGGAGCUCCUCCUGGCUCACCAGAUUCAGAGAGGGCCCGUCCCCGGGGACGGCGCCGGCGAAAUGAUGUGGGAGGAGCGCACGCUGAUGUACUCGCCGUGGGUGGGGUCGCAGGGCCUCCCCGGGAGAAGUGCAUCCUUCUCUGGGAUUGUGGGACACCGAGACAUGACCCCGCCUCCCCAAACUGAUUGGUCGAUGGGGCGGGUGCAGUACCCCAGCCCUCAGAACUGGCGUCCACAGCUCCACCAAUCAGCGACAGCGCUCGUCCCCCCAAGAGUCAUGGGCCGCUCCCCCCGGCCAAUCAGCACCCUGCAGGAAGUGACGUCAGAAGACGAGGAUCGAGACAGGCAGGAAGUCACAAGAGCCACAGCGCCUCACUUCCUGUCGCCCCAGCCCGCCCCUCGACAGCGGUCCUUUUCCUGCACCCAGCAUGCUUUGCAGCGCCGGCCCAGCGGCCACCAGCCCGAGCCCAAUUACGUCAUCGUGACUGACAGAACAGUCAACCAGCCGAUCGAGAGGGUCGUUGUCUCGCCGCCCCCAGACGUCCAACCGCAGCCAGCAGACACUCCCAGCAGACCAGAGCCGCCCGCGGCGAGCUCGACCAACGCCGAGCAGAAGCCCAGAGGUGAAAGGUCAACCAACCCGGGUGACUCCACCCAGACAGCUCUGUAGGACCCGCAGAAGGGAACGCUGCGUCAGGAAAACUGACAGACGAGGAAGAAUCUUAUUUUCUGCAUUCAGUCGUCCCCUCACUGAUCUGUUUCCUCUGAGUUUCUCUGCUUCUCCUGGAGGAGUAAAGUCUCCUCAACUUUCAUGAGAGUUUCAGUCCAUUUUUUAAGGAGCUCCAUCAGUUUGUACAGAAGCUUACACUCAUUUUCAUGCAAUAAAGAUACUUUUGAAUCUUUACAAACCAGUGCUGAAGUAAAAAACUUUUUCAAUCAAUUUUCCACUGAGCUGUUCAGCAAAGAACUCCAAAAACUGAUUAAACAUCAAAACACAUUAUAUUCUUGUGUAUUACUCGCCAUCUGGAGAAAUGUUUGAAAGAAAUUGUCAAGAAUAAAAGUGAAAGAUAUUGUCUGGA